AUGCCAUUUUUGUCGUCCUUAACUUGCAUCUACAACCUGCAAGGUUCAACUGCCGAUUCCAUAAUGGACAGCAUUCUUCACUCGCUUCCUGUCGAAUUAGCAAAUUGGACUAUUCCUAAAGCCGGGAGCCUUGGGAAGAUUCGGAUAAUUCAAACCGGCAAUCUGAGUCGAGCUUGUCCAACGACACUCAACGAAACCGUCACUAAAGGACCAUCGACGUUUGUCUUCAGUGCCUGCUUGAAUGUUACUGGUGCUCUUAUUACACUGGAAGAUAGUUCUCUCACAGUGUCUAUUGGCCUGGCAAGUUUGAAGGUUUCUCUGCAAAUUACAAAGUCCCUGAAACCAGCACCGCGGCUUAACCUAUCAAUUCCCCUUUGGACAAAUAUCAGUGUUGAAGGAUCUUCCUUUUUCUCCAUUGCUGCUUCAAUUUUCCUAAAAUAUAGCAGUUUGGUCAAACCAAUACUCCAAGGACUGAUCAACUCGGAAUUGCAGAAAAUCAAGUGGAACAUGUGA